GCAAUGGAUAGCGAGAGGCUGUGAUAGUACGUCGGUGGGUGAUUUUUUCUGUGUGCCUUCCACGCAUGUUGUGGUGCUGGGCUGACCCACAGAAGUGGGAGCAAUGACAGGUUUUCAAUCUUUAUAAUGUAGUGUAAGUGAAGUUCCAUGGCUGUUGAUAUGCUGGGCACUGGAGUGAAGAGCAAAGAUGCUGCCCUGUCUCCCUUGAAAUAUGAGUAUGAACACACCAUAGAAUCUUUGAAGACUGAAAUCAGCAAGUUUUGGGAAGAGCAGGGUCGACUUCAGACACAAGUCAGGGAGGUCACCACAGAAAACGAGGCAUUGAAUGCUCAGCUCAGGGAUGUCAGCAGCAAGGUCACGCUUGCACCGUUGCCACAGAAUGUCGGACAUCAGCAGCAACAGUUGGAUGCCCUCUCAAAGGAGCGGGACUCGGCCGUACAGCUGUGGCAGACCGGUCUGAAGGAGGUGGAGCGGUUGGAGGCGGCGCUGGCCGCCGCCCGGACCGACGACACAGACGAACGCUGGCGGCGCUACACCGAACAGGUGCGCGCGCAAUACGCGCAGGCGGUGAGCUCGCUGAGCGGCGAGCUGGCUCGCCAGCGGGAAGCGGCCGAGCGCGGCGCCGCCGAGCAGGCGCGUGCCGAGGAGGCUGGCCGCGCCGCCGAGCUGGACCUGGUGGAAGCGCGCGAGCGCUGCGUCCAGCUGAGCGGCCGCGAAGCCGAGGCGCUCGACAAGCUGAGGGAGGGCGUGGACGUGGUGCAGAACGCCCUGCUAGAGAAGGAGGAGGCCGUGCAAAAGGCGGAGCGACUCGAGGGUAGGUGGAGCCGCCUCCGGCCGCGUGCCGUCUCAGUCGGCCUCUCGCUGACGCUUUCGUGUUGUGGCUAA